UUUUACUGCGCUCGAUGACCUGUGGUACGAGUGUUAUCGUCAAAGUUCACCCCACUGUUGUGCUUCAGGCAAAGAAGUCGAACUCGCAAUUUGCAAUUCUUCUUUUUCUCCUUCUCUUCCCACUUUUACACGUGGCUCUCUGUGGCUCUCUGAUUUUUGAUCGCCCACUAGUACUCACCUCCCAUCCCAUCAACUCCAGUGUGCUUUGGUCUGGCCUCUUCAUCCACAAUUAGGCCGCGUUGUGCAUGAAAGGUUCAGAUCAUAAUGCGCUCCAAAGGUUUGUUUUUCCGAUCCCGAUUCUUUCAUCUCCCCUCCGGUGAGUCGUUUUCUGUUUCUUCUGUUUCUUUGCAUCCCCAGGUUGCCCAGACACGGCGUAACUCGUAAC